ACAUCUUCCGCUAAGUGUACCGAGGAAGUGUGUAAAUGGCUUGUCGUUUGCGCACAACACAUACGUGGUAGUGAAUCAUCUUCAGGAAGCUUCCGUGAGCCUAAAUGAUGCAUUCGCAGCAAAAGAUUACCGUGAAUUUCCCGCUGUAGCAGUGUUAAGAAGGCUUAAGCUUCCGAGCGGGCCUUGAACGCGGGUUCUAUGGGGAGAUAAUGGGCUUAUGAUGCCAUUUCGUGUCAGUUUCUGUCCUCGGAUAUCUUACACCUUUCAUCAUAUCGCCACGUUCGACCUCAUAUACGACUUUCCGCAUGGUGCUCGGCCGGUUGCCUUGCAUCAAUGUCCAAGCUCAAUGAUGGUACUCAAUCCCAACUUGCUGAAGAAAAGACAGGCGUCACGGCGCCUACCCGUCAACCCAAGGUGUUCCCGGGCUUGCCACUUCCUGUCACACAGGCUAGUACUACAGCAGAUUCAGGCCGCCAGAAGAUCAUACGCGGUCUUCGUGGAUAUUGGGAAUGGUUCAUGAAGCAUAUGGGCACCGAGUCCCCGUCCUUGACCUCUGCCAUUGUCGAUAGUAUUCUUGACAGCGGUCAAGUUCGGCCAAGGACAGAGGAUGGUACCGACGCCGACGUUGACGAGGUCGACGAAAUUGUCGUGGACCGGGAUUGGACAGAGGAUAUGAAGAACUCGCCAGACCACUCGGAAUACACUCCAGAAAUAUCAGGGGAUAGCCACAUGGCUCACAUCGGUGCAGGCACUAGUGCAAGCGUCGGACAUGACAGUACCACGUUCCGAGAUGAUGGUGGCCCCUUCCGCCAAUUUCUCAUUCUUCUCCGCUGGGAAGUUUGGCCGGCAGUGCAUAAAUUCUUUCACGUUCACUUCAAUGAUGAAAAGACGGAAGAACGAUAUCAGGGGGAGCGUUGGUGUAUUAGAAAGCUAUUAGCAAUUUGGUCGGCCAUAUUUUUCAUCGCCAACUGGGUCAUUGGAGCGUCAACAAUUGCCACGCCUAUUACCGUGCUUGAUAAAUCAUGGAUAUGGGGUUUCAUACCUGCGCAUACAAUUCCUCUCCUCUUCUUGGUUAUAUUCGACUUCCCACGCGACCGUCCAAUACCUUACCAGUUGCUUUUGAUGAUCUCGACUUGGUCAUGGUGUUUGUAUGAGAUUGUGACAAUAUAUGUGUGUGGAUAUUAUAGUGUAGAUAAUACAUGCGGAACAAAGGAUUUUCUCGGAACAUUCUACUAUACCUCUGCAUUACAAACUAUCGCACUUUUUGGGAUGAGGAUGGAUAGAAUUGCCGCUAUGGUGGGGUCACUGUCAUUCUUGAUCAUCUCAAGUACUCUCAUCCUGCCAUAUAAGCCAAUAUGGACCAAACACAUGCUUAAUUUUCUCCUAUACCACACAUUCCUCCUGUUUGUGCAUUACAUGCACGAGAAUUCCGAACGGCGUCUCUUUAUUCUCCGAGAGCAACUCAAAGGCCAGUAUAAGGCUACCCAGAAGGCUCAAAUCAAUGAGCGAAAAGAAGCAGACUCCAAGAGGAGGCUUACGUCAUACGUCUUCCAUGAGGUCCGAGUACCCUUGAACACAGCUCUUCUCGCCGUGCAGAAUAUGGAGGCAUCAUGCGCCGUAUCUAAAGCGCAAGAAAUAGAGUUUAUGGCAUUAGGGGGCAGCUUGGUUAUGAUGUCCAAAGUUCUUAAUGACAUGCUUGACUUUAAUCGCAUGGAUAGCGGUCGGUUUGAAAUCUUGUCUAAACCUUACGCAUUUCAUGCUGUCAUGCGCUCGUUGUUCAUCCCACUGCGCAUGGCAACAGACGCCCGUAACCUUGAACUCGUGACUUGUCUCGACGAAUCUAUCGACAAGGUCGCGCGACAAGCAGCAUACGAGGCCGCAGGCGAAAACAUGACAGAAUUCGAGAAGUAUUUGAAUAACAAGGAGGACGGUAUCGUUCUCGGGGAUGCUACUAGGCUGCGACAGAUCAUCAACAAUCUCGCAAGCAACGCCUGUAAAUUUACUCCUGCGGGAGGAAGGGUGAUAUGUUCUACACGCCUGAUAUUCCCUACACACCCAGCGCCACAACCUUCCGACAAUCCAAGACCAAAGAUUGAUAUGGGCGAAGAUGCGAUCGAGGAGGUACUCUGCGCUCCUGCUGAUGAUCCUGACCCUCCACAUGAUCCGAUGGGGAGUGGGGUACAAGUCGUGGAAUCCUCAACAAAGAAGGGCCCACUGAAGCAAAUCGUUGUGCGGAUCGAAGUUAGUGAUACGGGACAUGGAAUUCCGCCCAGGGAGAUGGCACAGGGCAAGCUAUUUUCUGCAUUCAAUCAGACAGAACAAGGUAGACAACAAGGCGGCAAGGGCACUGGUCUCGGCUUGGCCCUCGUCCGCCAGAUUGUGAGGCUGAGCGGCGGUCGGCUAGGCCUGCGUUCUAAAGUCGGUCAUGGGUCGACGUUUUGGGUUGAGCUACCGCUGGGAGUGGGAGUUAAAGUAGUCGAUGAACCAGACCCGGAGUCGACUCUGCGCGAGAAGCAACGAAAUUUUGAGUUAGCGGGGCCACUAUCAGUGGAUCUUCUGACAAGCCGUGCCCCAACGCAGGCUGUCUCGACGAACAUUACACAGACCAUGAUGGAUAAAGGGGGCCUGGUGCAGUUUAAUUUACCAAAUGCAACUGACGGCUCUGAAUCUCAUGUGUUCACCCGAACAACCAGUGAACUCUCGUCAGCCGCCCAACCUGGUCCUCCGCUGCCCACUCCACCCAUUGAUGGUUCUGGUGAGAACCUGGGUAGUCCGGGGAUGUUCUCUCGAAUGGAAAACCACUCAAUCGACAGCUCACCUACAGUCGUUGCAGAUUCGCCGAAGAGCCUUGUUGAUGCUACUCCGCUGCCAGCUAUUCCAUCUAUGUCAACUCGUUCAGAUCCACAAGUUCGAAAGCCGUCGCUAGUUUCCCAAACAUCGGGGUCUCAACCACUGCCCGUGAGUCGCAAGGGGUCCAUGGCUGGUUUUGACCCACCAAUCAUUGUUUUGGUCGUUGACGAUGACCGUCUCACUCGCACCGUCAUGUCUCGAAUGCUGACGAGAUUGGGAUGCAACGUCUCAACCGCUGAGAAUGGUGAGAUUGCGUUGGAAAUGAUUACCAGCGGAACUCCGAAGACCGAUUAUGGACCUAAUUCCAGAGUCUUUGACUCUAGUCAUGACAGUGAAAAGGACCAAGGGGCUGAGGAUGGCGAAGUUAGUUCAUAUGAUGUUGUCUUUCUGGACAAUCAGAUGCCAAUUAUGACUGGUUUGGAGGUAGUCUCCAAACUUCGAGAAAUGGGUAGAGGCGAUUUCGUCGUUGGAAUUACCGGUAAUGCGCUCAUCAACGACCAAAAAGAAUACUCCGAGGCGGGUGUAAACCACAUCUUGACAAAACCUGUCUUUGAAUCAAGCCUAGUGAAAAUGCUGACAAUAGCAAACGAGCGGCGAAGGAAAUGACGAGCUUAAUGCCGGUGGGCCUCUUUGGCCUCUUUGUCUUUCAUCAACCCAUGGACGAUCUGUUUUCUUUUAUCUUGGAUUUUUCGCGCAUAGAGUCGUGCAACAUUUGCCAUUUUACAUCUUUUGGGCUAUCUUUAUUUCACUCCCGUAUACACGCUAAUCACAUUGCUAUCGUUGCUGUCUGUACUUGAUGUUUUCUGGUGUUUAGUUUUGUAUCUUGAUGUCGUGCAGCAGUUUA